AUGGGCAGUCUUUCGCAUCAAAAUUUUGUCCCUCCGACGACCCAGAAGGCCAUUGUUGUGAACGAAAAAGACGAGGUCGUCAUUUGGGACGAGGCACCAUGUCCCAAGAUCCCAGCAGACCAAGUCAUGGUUCGCGUUGAGGCCGUUGGCCUCAACCCGAGUGACACAAAGAUGCGAGGAGCCUUUGCGACAAAGUUCGGCAUCCUAGGCGCAGACUUCGCAGGAACUGUGGUCGCUGUGGGAGACGGUGUUGAUGACAUCGUGGUUGGCGAUAGGGUCUUUGGUGCCCAGAACGAGAUGUACGGAGCCACGCCUGAACGCGGCGCGUUUUGCGAGUACGCCGUGACUCGUGGGAAGAUGUGGGCAAAGAUCCCGGAGUCUUGGAGCAUUGAAGCUGCCGCAUCUCUGCCUGUAGGCGUGAGCACCGCCGGAAUCGCGAUGAAGCUGCUUGGCUUGCCUUUGCCUGGUCAGGAAGUUGCGAAGUCUGCCCCUGUCUUGGUUUAUGGUGCGAGUACCGCAACUGCGACGAUUGCUAUGCAAAUGCUGAAACUGUCCGGUCUCGAUCCGAUCGCUAUUUGUUCCCCGAAGAACUUCGACCUGGCGAAAAGAAAUCACGCUGUAGAAGUUUUCGAUCGCAAUGACAAGGAGCUGGCGAAAAAGAUUAAAACAUACACGAAAGGGAACCUGAAAUAUGCCUUGGACUGUAUCACGACCGUUGAGUCUACAGCCUUUUGCUAUGCUGCCAUCGGGCGAGGCGGCGGGAAAUACGUGUCUCUCGACCCCUGGCAACAGCACGCUGCAACUCGAAAAGUUGUCACCGCAGAUUUCACAGUCGGUCCUCGGAUUUUCGGCGAAGGAUGCACUUGGCCCGAGCCUUACAAGAGCGAUCCGUCGGAAGAAUUGCGUGUCUUUGGGGUCUCUGUUUGGGAAACUGUAGAGAAGUUGGUCAACGAGGGAAAUUUGCAGCAUCAUCCGCUGCGUGUUUUGGAUGGUGGAUUUGAAGCAAUUUUGGCCGGGAUGGAAAUGGUUCGAAACAAGGUACUCUCUGGGGAGAAGGUGGUUGUACGUAUGAAUGCCUGA